CGCGCGCGCGUCGCCCCGCGAUGGACGAAUCGACGCCGUUGAUCGGGCGGCGACGGGAAGGGAGACGCGGCGCGCGCGGCGCGCUCGUCGUCGGCGCGCUCGCGUGCGCGUGCGGAACGCUCGUGGCGUUGGCGAAUUGCCCGCACCUGGUGUCGACACUCUCACGGGCGAUUGGUGUUGGAGACGCGGACGGCGCGGGUGCGCGCGGGGUGAACGCGGUCUUCGCGCGCCUCGGUGCGGUGUGGGGACGCGAUGAUUCUGAUUACGUGUACACGUCGCUCGAACGUGAUUUACUGCGCCCUCACGAAGACGACGAUGAAAUCGAAGACGAAAUCGACGAAAUUGACGCCGACGCGAAGGACGGAAAGGUUGCCGAACACACUUCGACAGACCAACUGCACGGUCGAGGAAACGAAGGCUUGGCAAAGGUCGCAACUCUGGGCGAGCCCGCACUUCCGACCGAUUUGCCGCCGUCACGCGCGUUGGCGACGCUCGACGAGAUUGAAGCUGUUUUACUGGGCAACUGGCGAAAGUGGACGCGCUUGGACGUCGUGCGCGGACGCGCUGAACUGGAAACCGUGCGAGAUAAACUCGCUGCUCUCGUUGGUGAUGACGUGAAUGAAACAACUGUCGCCAACUCUGCCGCAGAGGUGACAAACGAGACGUCGUUUAUUUCUUGCAAGGCUGAACAACUCGUACGUGAAAUCCUGAGUGAGUACGGCGGCGCACCCAAACUUCUACUCCCAAAAUUGUUGCGCUUCAUUUUCCACGACGCGGUUGACGAGAACAACUUAUUAAUCCAAAAGGAUGGAGGCUAUGUACCGUUUAGGGCACCAACUGGCUCGAUAUACGGCGGUUUGGACCUUUGCCUUUACUCUCCCCUGACGCAUGGAACGUCUGGGAAACCAGACCCUGGGCAUAACAGAAAUGUUCGAAUGAACCGCGAGGUUAUCAAAUUGUGUGACGCUGUCUGUAAAGAUUUGAAUACUGGUUUAUGUGAACUGCAGAAUGAUAAACCUAAACGGUGCUAUACGGACAUGUUAGCGUUUAGUUCCAUAAUCGUUCUGGAGAAGCACUCAAAGCUUAGUGCCCCAUCUUCAAUGGUUUGGGGAAGGCGAGGCGGUGAGUGUGGCAACAGCAUCGUUACACCAUUUACCAAAAGCAGGGAGAAGCUUGAAUCCUACGUUGGAAAACCUGCGCUGAACUUUGCGCCGGCGCUUCAUGCCAUGGACGAUCCCGGCACCUUCUCGAGAGUCUUUGCAAAACUUGGAUUUACGCCUUCAGAGCACGUCGCGUUGAUGGGAGCUCACAGUGUGGGUAAAAUUUCACCAUGCGCGAGUGGACUCAACGGUAUCGAAAAAGGUAACUUUUGCCCGAUGAAGAAGCGAUAUGAUCCACCCAUCGAGAUAGGGAAUGAAUCCCCACAGUGCCAGCCACAAAAACACGUUCAGGGCAACUGUUGGAAACCCUCUGGACCGAAGUCUUAUGCCACUCCGUAUUACUACUUCUUUCGUGGUGGGAGAACAGGGUACAAGACCGGCUUCGCCGACGGUGGGGUUUGGGAUCACACGCCUGAUUCGCUUGACAAUCAGUAUUACAAGUUGAUGUACGACGAAGACUAUGGGGGACGCACUAAGUGUUGCGGGAAAAAGAAGAAUGGCGGUUGCCAUCGGGGUGGGCAACCAGUCGACAGGGAAACUGGGAGAAAACUCCCUUUUUCCUCAUUAUGCAACAUAAAUUGGUGCCGCUCAGACCGCAAAGGUAGGACACACAUGAAGUCUACAAAAGCUUGGGUCGAACCCAGACAUUCGCUCUUAAAAUUGCCCUACUUUCGCGGAACCAUCGUGAAAAUGAUAAGACUUGCCGGUGAUUGGGCUCUUCUCGGGAACAAUGAAACACAAUCGAUUCUGAAGCGUUAUGCAGAAGAUGAAAACGAAUUCCAUUCCAAUUUUGCGGUGGCCUGGGAUAAGGUGUUACGGAAGGGGUACUUCCUUGACGAGCUGAAAACGUGUUCGAACGUGUCAGGACCGAAAGAUGCGCAACUUCUUACUCGCCUAAGGGAGUACCAAGCUGCACUGUCGGCCAAACGCGCCAAACGCGUGGCCAAAAAUGCACGACGCGCCGGGGUCGAAGCCGAAAGUUCUGACCAAACAUCGAAUCUUGGAGAUCAAAGUUCACACAACAAACUUGGACAACAAAGUUCAGCACAAGAAGAUGCAACCACAGAUAAAACACUGCAAGUUGCAACGGCAACCAUGGAUGAUGCGAAGUACGACGACGGGCUUGACACUGCAACGAACGCAUCGGAUCUCGAGCAAGUUGUACCAAAGUCAAUUUCAACGACCAUUCAACAUUGUGAUAAGUUCAAUGUGCUUGGUCUCGUCAAACACAUCCGGUCAGAGAUACAGAAGCUCCCUCGAGAUACUACACCUCUUGCGAUAGGGCAAGAGCUCACUGCGGCGAGAGACGUAGUCAUGGGACAAAACGUACAGAUGAGCGAGCCGACGCCUGCGCCUGCGCCCACACCUACGCCGACGCCUGCGCCUGCGCCUGCGCCUGCGCCUGCGCCUGCGCCUGCGCCCACACCCGCACCUUCGCCAGGAGUGGAGCAAAGCGACGAGUCCAGCAACGAAGAUGGAGGUGACGCGAAAAUCUACAGCUUGGAGCACGCAGGCGCACGGUGCGUAGGGCUGCCUCGUGCCAAGCGAGUGAAGCGAACGCGCAGUGUGGAGGAGUGUGCUGAGUUGGUGAAAAAACGUGGGCACCUCCACUUUGCCUUCCUCCGCAACACCGUGUGCUUGGAGCAGCCAAAACCGUGGAGCAAAUGUCGUCGCAUUCGCAAGGGCCGAUUUGAUCUUUACAAGAUCAAAGCAGAGCCUGCGCCUCCUGCGCCUCCGCCUGCGCCUCCUGCGCCUCCUACGCCGUCUACGUGGUCGUCUACGUGGUCGUCUACACCUUCCACUUACAGUUACAGUGCAGCGACAUGCAAGCGCGAUCGUGGCAAGUUCGUUGAUGGGAAAUGCUGGCAUAUGGCUACGACUGACACAUCUUGUGAAGAGACAUGUGCUGACAAAAAUCUUCAAUAUGAUGAGGGCACGCACCUGGGCUCGCCGAAGAACCCUGAGACCUGGGACAAGUGUGUGGCUGUCGCCCAGAUGUUUAAAAAGCAGGCAAGGACGAAUGGGCCAGCGAUCGGCGGGGGUGGUGGCUGUGGCUGUUCAGUCUUUAAGAUUCCUGUUUACGGUACGAAUGAUGCAGUUCGCCUGAGUGGCGCCAAUACUACGAGCCCCGAGUGUUGGAAGAUGGGCCCAAUCCAAGCACGUCUCUGCGCAUGCAAACCAGCAUCAGCUGUUGGCGCAAGUUGCACCUCUUCCUCAAGCUGCUUGAACGCUUAUUGUAAGUCAGGCGUUUGCACGAGUUUUUUGGCCCAGAACAGUGCAUGCACCGAGCACGCUUCGUGCGUGACAGGCUAUUGCUCACCAACGGAACGUAAAUGCACGACGGUGUCAUGGAAGUCACAAAAAGGCGCGUAUGCCAAAAAGUACUAUAACGCUGGUAAAAAGAAAUUCAGGGUUAUGCCAAAACAGAAGAACGUACCUGAUUGGGAGGCGAUGACGACGUUUCCAAAGGGUUUUUGUAUCGGAAAUGACAGCGCCGGUUGCUUGAUAGCACGCGGUGUCAACCGCCAGAAGACGAUUCAAAAAGCCAAACAGCGUUGUGCGUCGUCUGAGGAAUGCGUGGCUGUUUGGUGUUGCGCAACAGGAUGUCCAGCCACGACGUGUCAUGCAGUCAAGACUAGAACUCCAAAUUACGCGGCGAACGAUUGCCCGCUCUUUCCUGGAAGCUUCCGCGAGACCAAAUACCCGGCUACGUUCUAUACUAAAGACACGGAGGGCGCUCAAGUACACGAGUCACCGCGAAACAUCGUGACGGAAGUGGACAUUGCUGCGAGUGCCGAUGAAGGGGAAAACAUGUACAGUCGGAUAAAAGGAGGGAAAAGAAGGAAGGUAGACGCAAAGCAAUGCCCCUUACAAAAAUUGAAAGCGCACACCUUGGACGAGUGCGCUGAGAUGGUGAGGGAACACGGAAGCCUUCACUUUGCCUUCGGACAUAAAAGGUGCUUUUUGGCCAAACAACCGUGGAGCGAAUGCGAGACGAGCCAUGGCAAGUAUGAUCUUUUUCAAAUCGACGAACACGCACGCGACGACGAUGAAGAUUGAGUCCCAAGAAAUGAAAUCCUUUACAAGUUUACAAGAAAUGAAAUCCUUUUACAACAAUUUUUGAUCACCAUCCU